AUGGCCAACGCCGUCGGAGCCGGGGGUUCCAACGGCCACGGCGGCGGCGGGGGGACGGGAGGGGGAGGGCGGGCGGCGCGGCUGCCGCGGUGGACGAGGCAGGAGAUACUGGUGCUGAUACAGGGGAAGAGGGUGGUGGAGAGCCGCGGGAGGGUGCGCGGGCGUGGGGGCGGUGGAGUAGGAGGCGGCGGGGAGGAAGGGACGACGGCGGCGCCGGUGGAGCCCAAGUGGGCGUCGGUGUCAUCGUACUGCUGGCGGCACGGCGUGAACCGAGGGGCGGUGCAGUGCCGGAAGCGGUGGAGCAACCUCGCCGGGGACUUCAAAAAAAUAAAGGAGUGGGAGGAGAAGGGGAAGGAGUCGUUUUGGUCGAUGAGGAACGAUAUCAGGAGGGAGCGGAGGCUGCCGGGGUUCUUCGACCGGGAAGUAUACGAUAUCCUCGACGGGGUCGCCUUGCCGCCGGAACAGGAAUCAGAGGCCCACGCAGAACAGGACAAGGGGAAGAAAGAGUCCCGUCAGACUGCGGCGGCGGCGGAGGCGGUCGUCGACGAGGAAGAGGUCGUUUUCGACACCGGGCGCACCGCAGCCGAAGACGGAUUGUUCUCGGACUUCGAGGAAGAGGAAGAGGAAGAGGAGGACCCGGCGCCGCCACCGCAACUGCAACCCAUGGCGGCUGUGCCAAUCUCAGAAAAGCAGUUGGAAUCAACUGAAGAAGGCAGGUCUGAAUCUGAUCAAGCAACGGCAAAAGGUAAACAAGAAGGCGAUGAUAUCCCAGAGAAAGGCUCCCCUUCGCACCAAGGACUGAAGCGGAGACGGCCGUCAGCAGAAGCAGCAGCCAAAGACAGCGACCUGCAGGGCCGCCGGCUGAUUGAAGUCCUGGAAAGGAACAGCCGAAUGCUGACAGCCCAGUUAGAAGCACAGCACCUCAAUUGCCAAUUGGACAGAGACCAGAGGAAAGACCAAGCCAACGCCUUGCUCAAUGUUCUAGGCAAGCUUGCAGAUGCUCUCGGAAAAAUAGCUGACAAACUAUAGAAAAAAUAGCUUUGUACAUAUUCGACGCACGCAGUUGGAUUGGUGGUUAGUGUUUACUGGCGUACUUGUACUACUGAGAAGAAGAAUGUGAAUUGACUACUGCAAUCUCAAGUUCUCUUCUUCAAUAGGGUAACAGUGAGCUCUCAGAGAUUUUGACAGCAUGCUUUGCUACUAAACGACUUUAAACUGCUUAAGUAAUAGUUGUAGAGCAAGAAGAUAAUGGAGGGUUAAACAGCUACACUUAGACUGUGGUGAACAAAUAGCUAACUAUUUUGGUGCUAGUUAUUGAAGUUGUUUAUUUCUUCUAUCCUAAUUGAGCUCUCCAUAGUUUUGUA